AUGACGUCCGCAGCCUCACCCUCAAUCCUCCCCCAUAUCCACCUCCUGGCUUACGACCCCGCGGCCGCCGAGGCUUGGGAGGCGGCGCUGAAGCUAUACAACUUCAAGCCCGAGGGCAGUAACAACCCGGUCAGCUGGCUCACCUCAGCCUUGACCUCGUCGUCCUCCACCACUCCCUCCCGACCCCAGGCCGUGCCGGCAGCCGCCAGUCUACUGAGGUACACGGUGCACGAUGGCUCGCUGUCGGCGGUGGACCCGGCCGUGCGCUUCGAUGCCGUCGUCUCGCCCGCCAACUCGUACGCUAUCCUGGACGGUGGUUUUGACGACGCCAUCAGCCGCGCCUUCAGCCCCGCCGACGACUAUGGCGCCGUGACCCGGGCUGCCCAGGCAGCCAUCUACGAGAAGCACCGGGGCUACCUCCCCCCGGGCCAAUGUGAGAUCGUAGCCCUGCCCGCCGAGUGGCGCGAGGACGGUCGGCUACGGUACGGCGAUGGCACGGGCUGGGGCUGCGCGUACGUGGCGCUGUGCCCGACGAUGCGCAUGCCCAGCCGGUGCGACUGGGACCGCGAGGUCGUGUACGAGUGCGUGUGGAGUCUCCUGAACGCCGUCGAGCGGCACAACGGCAGCCUCGACUGCGCCGAGGGCCGGAGCCGCCGGAUCGAGAGCCUUCUCAUGACACCCCUCGGCACCGGCACCGGCUACAUCACCUACGAGCGCUGGGCGCGCCAGGCGGCACUGGCCAUCAAGCACUGGGUUGACGCCGUGGAGGGCGAGCCAGAGCGCUGGCAGAGCAGGCGGUGGGAGGAUCUGGCGAGAGUUGAGGGUGAGAUUAAGCUGACGCAUAGGGUAUGA